UUCAUAUCCUACAGUGAACACGACAGACCUUUUGUUACUGAUCUAGUUAAUGAAUUGGAAAAUAAAGUCAAUAUGCCAUACAAAAUAUGUAUCCAUGACAGGGAUUUUCAAGUUGGAACACUUAUAGCUGAAAACAUCUCAUCUGCCAUAAAUAAUAGCAAUGUCACUAUAUUUGUGGUUUCUGAACACUUUGUUGACAGCGAGUGGUGUACAUUUGAAUUUCAAACUGCGUAUCAAACUAUGCUUCAAGGGGACAAUACGAAAAUAUUAGUUAUUAAACUUGGUGACGUCGAUGACGAGAAUCUUGAUGAAAAUUUACGAGCUUAUAUCCGUACAAAAUACUACAUAGACGCCAAAGACAAGCUGUUCUUUGAUAAACUUAUA